GUGGUGGGUGAGUGAGUGGGUAGUGAGUGGGUAGUGAGUGGGUGGGUGAGUGAGUGGGUGAAUGAGUGGGUGGGUGAAUGAGUGGGUGAAUGAGUGGGUGAGUGAAUGAGUGGGUGAAUGAGUGGGUGAGUGAGUGUGCCCCGUGGGAGGUGAAGAGAUGAAGAGGUGAGACGGAGUGGGCGUUCGGAGAAGAGACGGGAGGGGAGAGAGACACGUUGAGACUUUGGCGGCCUAGGGGAUCGAAUUCGGACUUCGCCGGACAGGAGACGGAGUGCGAGAGAGAAGAGAGGGUGUGGAAGUUGUUAAAGGAGUUGGAGCUGAAGAAGAGAGUUGGUGGGGAGGGAGAGGCAGGGUGGGAGAUGCUGGCCGGAGUUCAGCGCUGAAGCAGGAGCGAAGAUGUGGAGCUCCAAACAACAACAACAACAACAGCCCGGAGUGGACGGCUUCUUAGCCGGGGGCAGACGAGGGGUGGACAACCCCCUACCAGCGGGCACCGACAUGGAGUGGCAGGACCUGGAGCGAGUCGGGGUCUCCACGAUGACCCCCAGGGCAGCCGGAGUCUCGUUUGGGGGGCCACCGGUGACUGGGGGGGCUCGCGACGGAGACAUGGAGUGGCAAGACCCAGAGAGUUCGGGGGUCAGCGCUCACCGCGCCAACACGACCGUUGGGAGCCCGGACUCUGGCUGGAGUGUGGACGCGGUGGGGGGCCCCAGCUGGGGGCCGUGCGUGGGGGGCGGCAGCGUUGGCGUUGGCAUCGGGGGGACUCCCUCGGCGUGGACGGGGGGCCCCGCGAGCCGGCAAGCGAGCGUCACGUCGGAGAGCGGCGACACCGGGGUCUGCUUCUCGGACGGCACGGAGGACCGGUGCAGCGUGUCGAGCGGCAGCAGCGGCUUCUCCUUCAAGCCGAUCCGCUCGCUGGCGCCGAUCCCCACGGCGCACGUCAUGCCCAGCGCCACCCUGGCCGGCACGCCGCCCUCACCGCCCUCGCCGGUCUCCCCCGGCAACUUGUCGUGCGGCCGCCGGCGUUCCCGCACGGGCGCCCCGGGCCCCGCGGGCCGCCCGCUCCGCGCCGCCCGCGACCCCGAGGCCUCGGCGGCCGCCCCCUCGUCGCGCGCCGAGCGGGAGGGGCGGCCCGGCAAGGAGCGCGCUUCCCGCUCGUGCCUCGCCGGCCGGGGGGCCCGGGGCCCCCUCGCCGGAGAGACGUCGCCGACGGGGGCCGCCGGCCUUCACCGGGGCGGAGGAGGAGGCGCCGGCGGCUCUCGGAGCCAGGAGCGGGCCCCCCGCUCGGGAACCGGCGGAGGGCCGGGCGACGUCGCCGCGGUGGCGGCGGCGGCGGCGGCGGCGCGCUCGCUGCACAAGAAGUGGUCGUCGCUGACGCGGCUGCACGGCAGCGGCGGCGCCGGCGAAGCGUCGGACUCGACGCCGGGCGGGCGGCGCAGCGGGGACGAGUCCUCGGAAGCGGAGUUGGCGGCGCCGGCGUCGAGGAGCGCCGGCGGCGUCCGCUCGCCGGCCGAACGGGGCGCCGGCGGCACGGACGGCGGCGCCGUGGGCUUCGCGCCGAUGCCGGAGAGUAAACCUCCUCUCGGCCGCUUCGCCUCCCAUGGGCAGCAUCAGCAGCAGCAGCAGCAGCAACAGCAGCAGCAGCAACAGCAGCAGCAGCAGCAACAGUUGCACCAGCAACAUCAGCAACAGAUGCAUCAGCAGCAGAUACAACAGCAGCAGCAGCAGCAGCUGCAGCAGCAUCAUCAUCAGCAGCUGCAGCAGCAUCAGCAGCAGCAGCAACAGCAGCAGGUGGUGGCGCUGGGCCUGCGAGCCGGAGGCGGCUUCGGGGCGCCGGCCGCACAGUGGCCGCCCGGGGCCUCCGUGGACGAGGCCGGCGUGGUCGCGUGGCAGCAGCAGCAGCUGGAGGAGUUGCGCCGACACGUCUCGGAUCUGCAGCUGAUGAAUGGUUCGGCCCGGCAGCAGGACGCGUACCCGGGUCUCCCCCUGUCGGCGCUCACCAAGUGGGACGCUCUGCUCAAGAUGAAGGAGACGCUCCUGCAGGAGAAGGACCUGGCCAUCGAGAAGCAGAAGCAGCAGCUGCUGCUGCUGCAGCGGCGAGUGCAGGAGACGGAGGCGCGACUCCAGGCGCUGGUGCUGCCCCCGCCGUCGGCACGCCCCGGCUGGCUGGACCAAGCUGCCCUCUCGUUGCACCUUCAGCAGGAGUCCCAGCUCGAGAGCGCUUCCCUGCGGGCGCAGCUGUCGGAGCGAGCCGGGGCGCUGGCGGCGGAGCGCGGGGAGCUGGAGCGCCGGCUCGCCGACGCCGAGCUGCGGGCGCGAGCGGCGGGCGAGGCGGCGAGCCAGGGGGCGCGCCAGCACGCCGAGAGCCUCGCCAGGGUGGAGGAGAAGCUGAGACACAGGGACAAGCAGCUGAGCUCCAUGCGCAAGCGCGUGGAGCGCGAGGCGGAGGCGAGGGCGGAGCGCGCACGGCGCGUCGAGAGCCUGGAGACCUACCUGGCCGACCUGCCCACGCUGGAGCACCACCAGGCCCUCCGCCUCAAGCUGGAGCAAGCGGAGGCGCGAGCUGCCCAGCUGGAGGGCUCCAUGGCGGAGCUCCAGGCCCAGCUCCGCGAGAGAGACAGCCGCCUCCGCGAGAGGGACUCCCUGCUGGACAGGGAGGCGCAGGCGGCGUUAGCGCAGAGGCAGGCGGAGCUGGAGGGACGCGCCGCGGAGAUGGAGCGCGCGCUGCGGGAGCGGGAGGCGGAGGGCGAGCGGCGCUUGGCGGAGAGCGACGGGGAGCUGCGCUCGCUCCGACACCGGGAGCAGGAGCUCGUGGCCACCGUGCAGACGCUGCAGCAGAAGGUGGAGCGCUGCCUGUCGGACGGCGCCCGGCUGCCCGUGCUGGGCCUCGAGUCCCUGCAGCGCGACAACCAGCGACUGCGCGACGACUGUGAUCGCGCACGCAAGAUAAUGGAGAACCAGCAGCGGCGCCUGGACGCGCUGGCGCAGCAGCGUGCCGAGCAGGAGGCGGUGGAGCGGGAGCGGGCGGGCGGCGCGGCGCGCGAGCACCAGGCCCUGCGGCUGCGGGCCGAGGAGCGCGACGCCAGAGUCCACGAGCUGCUCGUCGCCGUCAAGGGGCUGACGGCUGAGAAGGAGGGGCUGUUCUCCCGCUGCCUGGAGCUGCAGGAGCGCCUCGAGGGGGCCGCGUGCCCUGGGGACGAGGGCCCUGGUGACGAGGGCCCUGCGGCGGUCGUGGCGGAGGUCGUGACGGAGCUGUGCGCGGCGCAGCGGGAGAUGCGCGUGCUGUGCGACGUGAUGGCCGCCCACGCGCAGGGGCGCCAGCCCGACCUGUCCCAGCUGCUGGGCCUGCACCCGGGGUCGGCGGUGACGGCCGCGGAGGAGGCGUCGUCGCGGGCGACCGGUGCGGGCGCGUGGGCCGCAACGAGGAGCCGGGCGUGCCGGCUGCGUGCCGACGUGGAGGCGCUGAGGGCGGUGGUCGCCGACCGCUGCGCACAGGACGUGGGGGACAGCUGCAUCACCCAGUAGCGCCGCCGGCACCACCGCCGUCACCACCGUCGUCACCGCGUCCCUGCCGCCGGUGCCGACGACGACGACGACGCUGGCGCUCGGCGUCCGUUCGAAGAGGCCGCAGCGUCGCGGAGGGGCGGGGGCAGCAGCAGCGAAACUCUGGGCAGGGGGCGUGUCGAGAAGAAAGUGUGUGCGUGUGUGUGUGCGUGUGCGUGCGUUCGAAAACCAAUAUGUGCCAUCCUCUGGCACAGUGGGUGUGCGUGUGCCGGUGGUGUGGUCACCGCAGCCGAGUCAACCCACACACACGUGGCGUUCAAAAGUGCACCUAGCCUGGCACAAGCGCUGCUGCUGCUGCGGUGGUGACCGUCUCCGUCACUUGGAGGGGAACGGUUUGAAAAGCUGCGAUCGACUCAUGCGGUUGGUAGCACCGCAGCUGCUGCUGGAGAGACAGCCCCCCCCCCACUCCCCCCCACUCUCCCCCCCCCCCCCACUCUCCCCCCCCACUCUCCCUCCUCCACUACCCCCCCUCCCACCACACCACCCAAAAUGCCUGUGGCCUCGAUGAAUGUUGAUAGAGGAUUCGGAGCCAAAUGUGCGGUCUUCCUAGAGCCACGCUCGCUUACACUCAAGGAUGUAUUCUGUUUAUAUUUGUCUAUUUUAAUACUGCGCUGCGAACGGCGGGGGGGGGGGGGGGGCGUGGUGCCUAGGAACGAGCGACGCCAAAUAAAUAGUAAAACAAUUAAUUUAAAUAAAAAUAACGAGCCAAGCAGAGGAAGAGCCGUGGCGUAUAAAUAAAGCCGUGGCCACGAGCUGCUGAACUUUUACAAGUUCAGGUUGUUUAUUUUUUAUUUUUGUUGUUGCUGCGUAGAGAUUCGUCGCGCGAAAGUUCCGUCUUGCUGGCGCGUGGACUGACGUAUGAGGCAGCAAUUCUGGGCUCGUUCCCGCGUGUGCGUGCGUGUGAGCAGCGGCUCGUGCGCUGCGCCACGCCACGAACCCGGCCACCCGAGUUCAAUUCCCGCUCACGGCCACAAACGCCAGUGACCGAGUAUCUGAAACAGGUUCUGGACCUGACCCUAGGUCGACUGGGCCUCAGAUCAGUACCUGGCGCGGUGUGUAAACAUCGCCACUGGGGAGACAAAGGCGGCCGGGCGUGGUGCUGGCCACCCACCCAACCUCUCGUGUGCCGUGCCGGCCUUCAUAGGUGCUCGCUAACAGCACUUGCCCCAGCAGUGUUUUUUUUGGUUUUGCGCGUGUCAAAAAUCGAAACGGCCUUUUCCCCGUCGCGAUGGUGGCAGCCGGGGGCCAAAGCGUCGGAAAGGUCGCGGCGAGGCAUGCGGCCUCGCAGCCACCGCCACCGCCACCGCUGCCCCCUCUCUCCGCACUCCGCGCGCCGUCGUCCGUGAUGGAUGGGGGCGGUUCGUGUUUAGAGGGUUUCGGGGUCGAGUUCAGUUCAGGGCGAGGGUUAAGAGCGGGGUCGUGCGCGAAGACGAGUCGGUGUGUGAACAGCUGGGCGAGGUUGUCUGCUGAUGGAGGUGGUUGUGUGAUGGGUUACGUGCCCGCUCCCCUCCAUACUCAAACACCCUCCCCCCCUCACCACUGGUCUCGUAGCAAAAGUCACAGCGGUCGUGAGAGGCGAACUGGAUGCGGCGAGCCAUUGAUGACCGAGUUCAAGUGCAGUCGGUUCUACGAGGACCGGCUGUGGUGUGGUGCGUCCGGUAUCCAUAUCAAAGUAUUGUACGUAAAGUGUUUUGUACAUACGUGUGUGUGUGUGUGGGGGGAGCGGUGGUGUAGCGGUUAGCGCGCUGCGCUACGAACCUGGCGACCCAAGUUCGAUUCCCGUUCACGGCCAACACCGGUGACGAUUAUUUGAGCCGGUCCUGGGCCUCGACUAGGUCGACUCAGCCUCUAAUGAGUACCUGGUGCGGUGUGUAAAACAUCGCCACUGGGGAGACAAAGGCGGUCGGGCGUGGUGCUGGCCACCCACCUCCCUCGUGUGCCGUGCUGGCCUUCAUAGGUGCUCGCUAACAGCACUUGCCCCAACAGUCUGUUAAGCCUAUACGGGGGAUCUUUGUUUUGUGUGUACACGUUUGUGAUGGGGAAUGCUAGUGUCGUGGUUAGCGCGCUGCGCUACGAACCGGCGAUCCGAGUUCGAUUCCUGCUCACGGCCAACAUCGGUGACGAAUAUCCGAACCAGUCGUGGGCCUCCACCAGGUCGACUCAGCAACAACAAUAAUAAAUUACAUUUGUAAUGUGCGCGUUUCAGCCGUAGAUCCCAAUGCCAAUGUCUGUGGAAGCCACGAAACGAACAGAACCUGCAGGGUAAGGGGCCGUCCAUAAAUGACGUCACGCACCUGGGGGGGGGGGGGUCAGACAUUUGUGACGAUGUGUGACGAGGGGGGGGGGUUGAGAAAUGUGACGUCACAUCAAAAUGCGCAACUUUAAAUAAAUAUAGACAACAGGUUCUACUUAAUUAAAUAGACUUUUUAAGAAAUGUUUUCUCCUACAACAUCAGAGUGCAGCGCCACAUUUAAUACGCACUACAAUGACAAUAGUUUAAAGCGAUUUGAAGCAUCAUCAUGAGACCUCCUUUGCCAGUACCAAAAUUUAAUAAUAGGGGUUUUUCCCCUUUUUUCUGUCAACAAAACUGAAACCUUUUUACGAGGAUUUAUGUCUGCAUUAACCACAAUACUUGCAGUCAAAAUGCAAAAAAAACAUACUAUGAUACUAUGAUGCAUUGUCCUUGAAACUGAGAAGCAUGUUUUUUUUUGGGGGGGGGGCAGCUUUGAGACGUCAUAUUUGAGGGGGGGGUCUGACUUUUUGUGACGCCGUGUGACGAAGGGUUGGGGGGGGGGGCGACCAAAAUCGUCCAAAAUCGCGUGACGUCAUUUAUGGACGGCCCCUAAAGGACCAGAACUCAUAUCACAACCCUCUGAAUUCGCUCUGGAGUCACGAGAAAUGUCGUGAACAAAACUUACGGAAUUGCUGCCAAUGCCCAGUGUCACGACUCCCUUGGUUCACUCGCAGUCACACGAGGAAUGUCGUCGGGAACCCAGCUGACGGCAUUGCUACGACGCAGCGCGCCCUGGGGAAACGACCACGUGGCCGAGAGAAGAGACGACGACGAGGAGGAGGGGAAUGAGAGAGUCGGAGACUCGGACGAGGCGAUGCAAUGGAACACAGAGGCACUUUAUUUUGACGGAGCAUCGUACGGCACGGCGUGUCGUGCCCCACGACUGCGCCCGCCCCGCCUGCAGUGGUGGGAAGGAGAGGGGGAGGGGGGUGUUAAUUUCGUGAACGAAAACAGUGGCGAACAUUAUUCGUGAACGAAGUGAGCUUUUGUUGUUUUAGUCGACGGUGACUGCGAGUGGAUUGCAAAUGUAACGAGCCCAACACGAAAGGCCACGGCCGACCGCGAGGGCGACUGGGGUUGGAGGAGUCAUGGGCCGAGGUCGUCUCGUUCCCUUGCCCAGAGACCAACACGUGGGGAUUGGCCAUGUGUCCGAAUCUCACGGGGCGUAGAUGUCAACUGGCCUCGCACCGGUAUGCAGAAGGUGGCGUGGGUUCGAUCCCGACCCCGGACGAUGCCUGCUGCUGCUGCUGCUGCGUAUUUGGAGUCUGCGCGUUUCUCUUCCACGUGGUCGCGUUGAUUUUCUCCGGGUCCUCAGAUCCACCCCCACCUCCCUCCCGUCCUCCUCCACAUGCUGAAUCAACGUCACGCGUUCACAGUGUUCGGGCUGAUGCUACAAAUGUCCACGCGUUGAGCCGCCGCCACUUCGUUGAGCUGUCAUUUGUGGCCAGGUCGCUGAUUGAAUAACAGAGAGCUCAGUGGGCCCUACCUGGCAAAAUAAAUAAAAGUGUUUAGAUAGUUUAUUAACGAGAUUUGAAGUUCACUCAACCGACUGGCUGACCUGUUCGUGCGCGGAGGGGACAAUCGUGCGCCCGAUGUCGCAUUUGAAUAACCGAGCGGAGAGUCGCCGUUGGACUUACUGCUCGGAGCAAGGCGAACGUUUUAUCCUCCCGCCUGAGCUGUUGAAUUGUGAUGGGCAGGCUUAAUUUUGAAUUUUUUUAAUUCAGUUUAAUUUAUUAGGAUUUACCAUGUCAGCCAUUCGGCUCUUGAUUUGGGUUCAACCACCGCAGAGAGAGACAGGCAAUUCCUCUCUCUCUCUCUCGGGCCCUUCUAGCAAAGCACCAGCAGCGUGUUGAGACACCAAUUGCAGGUGCUGGCUUUGUACGCGGCCUGUGUACCGGCACUGCGGAGGCGAGGGUUGAUGGCUCACACGUUGUUGUCACACUCCCGUUCCCGAGGGGGGGGUCGAGGAGAGAGCCGUACCCCGCGGCUCACCAGGCGAAGGCGGCACUGCAAGUGUGGAGUAAUCGCCAUGCGUGUUCCGUCUGUUGUGUGUGGGGGGAGGGGGAUGGGGGUAGAGUUUUCACUCGGCGUGCGGUGGGGAGUUGUCUCCGGUGUCCUCCGACAUGCACAGACAACUCGCCCGUAGGAGACUGAGAACGCCAAGCAAAUCACAACCCAAUGCAGCAGCAGCAGGAGCAGCAGCAGCAAGAGGAACUUCCUGAAUUUGGGCGCUACGCGACGAGUACGUGGCGGUGCGGUGAACUUCUUUCGCACCGCACGGAGCCAGCCGUUCUGAUGGGAGGUGCGGCGGGGGGGGGGCAAUGCCGAGUCUUUAAGUCGAGGAUGCCCGGAAUGAGAUCCACAGCGCGGGUUGUCGUCGACGGGACUUGGACUACGACUGAGACUUUUAAAACAAACUACAUCUGCACUCAUGGGGUGGUUAUGCACGAAUACAGUAUACAUAUAUACUGUAUAUGUAUGCAGUAUGUAGAUACUAUAUAUGCAUACAGUAUAUAUGCUAUAUAUGAAUACGGUAUAUAUAUAUAUUUUUGUCAUGCCAAAGACUCGGGUCGCCUUGUUGGCAAACGGCACAAUGGAAACGAGAGACACGAACUGCGCGAAAUGUAUUAUUAUACUUUUUUUUGCUUCAUCCGAACCCAGGGUAAGGGAUGGCAAAGAGGGGCCGGAUGGAGGCCUUCUCGCUUGCCAAGGGUCACCUGGGUGGGUCUGUGUGCGUGGUGGAGAUUCUAGCGUUAAACCCAAAAGGGAAGCGUUGAGCGAGGUGGCAUUUUCGGUCUCUGAAAGGCCCCACGCCCAUCAUGGCUAGGUACACACCUCGGACGUUACCCCGCUGAUGAUGCUGCUGCUACUGUCGGUGACAGCGAACCAGAGUCGGUUCCCCGUGCAGUGUUAAUAGACCCCCGUUCGGCGGCGUUUGGGUUGCUUUGUCUGCGAAGGAGUUGGGUUGUCUGGCGUGAGUGUCUCUCUUGUUGAUGUCGUUGUCACGCUUGCCCUUCGCGUGCCUCGGCACGCCUGCAGAGUAGACGACUCUGCCAUUUGAGGGCGAUGUACCCCGGUACAUCCUGUAUCUCUCUCGACGUUUCGUUAAUAAUAGAACCACGUUAUUUCGACGAAGGUCAAAUUCAACCAAAUUCCGGCCGUAUAAUUGUUAAUAUCGGUUAGUGAGAAUGUUAUUGUUUUAUAUUUUUAUUAUUUCCCUUCUACGUGACUUUACCGAAAGAACCAAGAGUAUGAAUCCCUGCAGUCACGAAAGCUUUAAAUCAAAAAUAUAUCGGUUACAUCAUUACAAAUAAAAACGUAGUUAAUGUGAUUAAAGGGUGCUUCAAAAAAAUGUGAACACUUCUGAGAAAUUGCAACAACCGCACAAGCAAUGUGCUGCGUCCGGGCUGUGUAGACCACCUGGAGAAGAUGAUUCCAGGCACGCGUUGACAACGAUGGCGGGACAAGUGGAGACUGAUCUUCUUGGUUCUUUCGGUAAAGUCACGUAGAAGGGAAAUAAUAAAAUAAUAAAAAAUACAAACAAAAUAAUUCUCACGACGUUUCGGCCACAACGCAAGCAGCCGUCCUCAGGUGAAGAAGUGGAGACUUGACUUUUUAAAGCCAUGAACAUCCAUUUGUUAUCAUGUUCCAGUGUAUUAUUACCUUUGAUUUUUGUCCAAUAACGAUAGUCCCAUUCAAGUGUUAACAUUUUUCUUGAAGCACCCUGUAUAUACACACACAAGGCGAUAUAACGAGAUCGGGUUAAUUAUCACGAAACACACGGGGCAAUUGUGGGACGCACAAACAGCGGCCAAGCCACGUAGAAGGGAAAUAAUAAAAUAAUA